AUAAAACCUCAAAGCCAAACAGACGCUGCGAUUCCCAUAGUUUUCCAAGUUUCGUCUUUUUCGCUUGCCGUUUAGGGGAGGGGGCUUCAAACGGUAGAGGUUGCAGUGUUGAGGAAGAAGAGACUCAGAAAUCUGAAAAAAAACGAGAGAUGUCAGUGCAAAACGGUUUCGAUAAUUACCAAGAACAGGACCAAACCGAACAAAGAGUGGAUGGGAACUCAGAAUCCGUUAUGGAAGUGGGAUGGUAUAUCCUUGGUGAAAAUCUGCAGCAUGUUGGUCCCUAUGCAUCUUCGGAGUUGCUAGAGCAUUUUCGAAAUGGGUAUCUCACUCAGAGUACCAUGGUGUGGUCUGAAGGAAGGUCUGAAUGGCAGCCAUUGUCCUCAAUCCCUGAGUUGAUGACAAGCAUAUCUCAGCAAGGAGCAUAUUCUUCUAAUAUCGUAUCCUCCAAUGAUGAUGAGUUUGAGAAAUGGCAGAAGGAGAUCAGAGAUGCAGAAGCAGAGGCAGAAGGGGGAUCUCUUUCCGGUGCUGUUGCAAGUGCCUUGGGAGAAGACAAUAAUGAGAGACCUUCAACACCACCAGAGGGUGAGGAAGAAUUCACUGAUGAUGAUGGGACUACUUACAAGUGGGAUCGGAGUCUUAGGGCCUGGGUUCCUCAGGAUGACACAUCUAGCAAGGGUGAGGGAUAUGCAGUAAAUGAUAUGACUUUUUUGCAAGAAGAGGAGAUAUUUCCAACUGUGAGCUUUUCUGACAUAUCUCCAAGCGAAGAGGUUAAUGCGACUGUUAAUUUAUCUGAUGCAUCUGUAAAGGAAGAUGUCAAUGGCAACAGUGAGGUAGGAGAAGGAAAACAAAAUGCUAAGAGAAAAAUAUCGGACAACGAAGCUCCUAAGAAGGAAGCUAAUAAACCUCCUGAUAGCUGGUUUGAGUUAAAAGUCAAUACACAUGUCUAUGUGAGUGGGUUGCCUGAUGAUGUUACGGUUGAUGAAGUAGUAGAGGUAUUUUCCAAGUGUGGGAUAAUAAAGGAGGACCCGGAGACAAAAAGGCCCCGUGUGAAGCUUUAUGUUGACAAAGAGACUGGAAGGAAGAAGGGAGAUGCACUUGUUACAUACCUGAAGGAACCUUCAGUUGAUUUAGCCUUACAAAUUUUGGAUGGAACUCCUCUACGUCCUGGUGGUAACAUUCCAAUGUCGGUCACACAAGCUAAGUUUGAGCAGAAAGGGGAUAAAUUUAUUUCUAAGCAAGCAGACAACAAGAAGAAAAAGAAACUCAAGAAAGUGGAGAAUAAGAUGCUUGGUUGGGGUGGUCUUGAUGAUGCAAAGGUGUCAAUUCCAGCCACUGUUGUUCUUCGUUACAUGUUCACUCCUGCUGAGAUGAGGGCUGAUGAAAACUUACAAUCAGAACUGGAGGCGGAUGUUGAGGAGGAAUGUGCAAGGCUUGGUGCAGUGGAGUCAGUUAGGGUGUGCGAGAAUCAUCCCCAGGGUGUUGUUUUGGUUAAGUACAAAGACAGGAAGGAUGCUCAAAGGUGCAUAGAAUUGAUGAACGGAAGAUGGUUUGGUGGUAGACAGAUACAUGCCAGUGAGGAUGAUGGUGCUGUUAACCAUGCUUUGAUUCGAGAUCUGGAUGCAGAUGCUAUGCGGUUAGACCAGUUUGGGGCCGAACUCGAAGAAGCUGAUUGAAUUAAUAUUGAUGCAUAGUAAUUUUUCUUGGAACUCCUAUGCCAGUUUUCUUUGUAAAUUCAAAGACCUAAGCAUCUUUUAAGAUGUGUUGUACUUGUUGCAUACAUUAGGCACUAGUUGUGUAGCUUUGAUGUAUGAUUCUCUUAUAAUAAGGAAUGGUCUUUUGUAAAGCUAUUAAAGAGAAAUCUUGUUGGUUAACAUGCUAUCCAAACCAAAAUCUUGUAGGCUAAAAUUUUCGUUGUUAGAGUAUUAACUAUUUGUUUUUCUUUAA